AUGUCUCAGUCUACAGACUUAGCCGAGCUUGCGAGCCUUUUGCUGAAAAACGGCCCUCGCAAGGUCAUCCCGGCGACGCGGCGCGUACGAGUCAUCUACAACCGCACCGUCAUUGUCGACUCAACCAAGGGCUCCCUGGUGUGGGAGCACGACUACUACCCGUUCCUGUACUUCCCCGCCUCGGAGAUCCAAAACUGCACGCUCAAGAACAAGCAGCCGGUCAAGGGCGAUGGCAUCAACCGGGCCAGCGUGGCGGAGCUGCACGUCGCCGCUGACGAGAGCCGCCGGAUCCCGGCGGCGACGACGGAUCGCGUGGUGCGCUUCGCUGACGACCGCAGCCUGGGCGCACUGACGGGCCUCGUGCGUCUAGAGUUCAAAGCCAUGGACCAGUGGCUGGAAGAGGACGUGCCCAUCUACGUGCACCCCAAGGACCCCGCGAAGCGCAUCGAGGCGCUGCCGUCGAGCCGCACCAUCGAGGUGCGCGUCGACGGCACGACGGUGGCGCGGGCGGGCUUUGCGGUGCACCUGCACGAGCCGCGGCUGCCGACCCGGUACUACCUGCCGAUGGGCUGCCUGGACCAGACGGUGCUCCGGCGCAGCGCGCUCGUGACAAAGUGCCCGUACAAGGGCGACGCCGACUACUACGACGUCGUCAUUGGCGGCGUCGAGUACCCGAACAUUGUCUGGUACUACCGCUACCCGGCGCUCGAGUGCGGCGCGCUGGCGGGCAUGGCGUGCUUUUAUAACGAAAAGGUUGACAUUUUGCUCGACGGGGUGCUGUUGGAGCGUCCGACGCGGUAG